AUGGCUUCAAUCAUUUCUGCAUCUCCCGGUUCCUUCAUUAAUACAUAUUUUACAUCCAACAACACAUCCGACCAGCUUCUUUCCAAGUUCGGCAAUAACACACUCACUUCCACCUCCAAAUGGGUCACACUCGUUCUACUCCUCAUCUCACCCCUCGUCAUUAACUUUUUGAGAUAUCUUUUGUUCAAGGACAAGCCACCUCAGGGGCUCAAACUAGUCCCAGGUCCACCUUCAACGAUUCCUUAUAUUGGCAGAGUUGACAUCGACCCGAUAGCACCAUGGAACUCCAUGAAAAGGUGGUCAGACCAGUUCAACGGGAUGUUCAGAUUGACUGCCUGUGGUGAAAUGCAUAUCUGGCUUGGAGACAACAAAGUCGCCCAAGAACUCUACUGCAACCGGGCUGCCAACUAUUCUUCGCGGCCUGAAGUGGCUGCAGUGCCAGGUUCGGACUCUCAAGCUCAAUAUCUGCCAUUGCUGGAGUACGGCGACCAUUGGCGAAUGCAACGGAAGUUCGCACACACUUCACUCAACGUGUCUUACAAUAAUCAAUAUUACGGAUACAUUACCCUCGAAGCAAAAAGAUUUCUGUACAACCUGUUGAAAGAUCCGCGCGAUCAUUACGGUCAGACCGAUCGAUUCUGUGGUCGCAUUUCUGCCCGACUCUGCUAUGGCAAUCCCAACUCGGCCGCAGCACAUUGUAAAAAUGCCGCGGAAUUCAUUCCACAGAUCUCGCCAUCUGCCAGUGGCCCCAUCACCAAUAUCCUUCCAUUCCUCGGUGGUCUCCCUGAAUGGAUCAACUCGGCCAAAGUCCCUUGCCGACAACGGCGGGAACGUGAGGAGAGACUGUGGACCGGACUGAUGGACCAAGUACGCAACGAGAUGGAUGCAGGAACCGCAUCAGUCUCUUACGCGCGAUCCUAUUUUGAGCGGAAAGACGCAGCCGAUAGCAAUACCGGCAAGUCAUUCGGCUUCGAUGAACAUGAAGCAGCCUACGCCGUAGGCAUGCUUUGCACUGUCGCCAUCUUCACCGUUGGAGGUCCUCUUUACUGCUUUUUCUUGGCCAUGGUGCUCCACCCAGAGUGGCAGGAUAAAUGCCGUGCUGAGAUCGAUGCUGUCGUCGGCUCAGAGCGAAUUGUGGAACUCAGUGAUUCUCCAGAUCUGCCUAUCCUACGUGCCUGCAUCAAGGAGUGUCUCCGCUGGAGACCACCAGUCCCACUCGGCGUUCCUCGUCUUGUUCAACAGGACGAUGAGUACGAAGGCUUCUUCAUUCCCAAGGGCGCAGUUGUCCACGCCAUUGACCUUUCUAUGGCUCGUGACCCUGAACGAUAUCCCGACGCCGAAACAUAUAACCCUGGCCGAUGGCUCGAGAAGGAGUUCCCGACCUACCAAGAACCCCUGACCGUCUACCCUCGAUUACUCGGACACCACGGCUUUGGUCGAGGUCGCCGUAUGUGUCCCGGUAUUGAGAUCACAGAGGCUGAGCUAUUGGUCGGAUGUGGAUCGUUGCUCUGGGCGUUCACAAUGAAACCUAACAUCGGAAAGGAUGGCCAGCCACAAUGGCCCGAUUCGAAAUACUUUACGAGCAAUGUCAUUGGCGGUCCUCUGCCAUUCGAAUUUGACCUGAAAGUCAGGAAUGAGCAACGCAAGGCCAAGAUCGAGGAGCUUUAUAGACUGAACGAGCAUUUAUACUGA